AUGACCAAAGUGUCGCUGAUAGUAGCUGCGUUGGUUCCAAAGCUUGGGAUCGGGUACAAGGGUCAAUUGCCAUGGGCUCUGAAGGAGGAAAUGAAAUAUUUCCGCAAGGUGACUACUCAAACGGUCGACAAAAGUAAAAAGAACGCGGUGAUCAUGGGCAGAAAGACGUGGGAAUCGAUCCCUGCGCGGUUCAGACCGCUCAAAGACAGAGUGAACGUUGUGUUGACGCGAAACGUGGGCGCGUUUUCGGAGAAAUACGCCGACGAGCUGGCUACACACGGCGAGAACGUGAAAAUCGCUGAUUCGCUGAAAUCGGCGCUCCAGAGUCUGGAUACGAAACAGAUCGAGGAGGUGUUUGUGAUUGGCGGUGCCGAACUGUACAACCAGGUUCUGAAGAACGACCCCGAGCUGAUUGAGCGAGUGUUUUUGACCGAAGUCAGCGCUGAAAAGGAGCUCGAAAUGGACGCCUUUAUCGAGCUUUUGGAGCCGUGGAAAAGACAAGAACCGCACGUCUGGACAGCAUACCUCGCCACAAAGGGCCUCGACGCAGAGUUCGCCCAGCACAACAACGAGGCCGGCUUCCGCUUUAGCUACCAAAUCUACAGUCCGUCUCGGUCUUAG